AUGGUUUCUCUCAAUCGGAAGGUGGCUGAAUUGCGAGCCAAAUACAGUGGUAUCAACGAGCCCUCUCCUCUUCUCACACGAGUUCUGGAUGACGACACCAAAUCGUCGGCCCUCUACUAUGUAGUCAAUCGCCAGGUGCAGCAUAUUUGCUGCCACUCCUCGAGCUGGGAUGAUGGCGAGGUGACGAUCUACGACACGGCACUGGUCCGCAUGUACGAAGAGGGCCUGCCUCUUCAGAACAUUGGUCUGCUCGAGCUCUUCUUCGCCGAGUACAUGGGCCUCGGUCUUUGCAGCUCCUCUGAAGAGGAACAGGCAACUGUGAAUGCCUUCCUUGCAGCAGCCCAUCCCAUCACACACAAUGCUACGGCGGACACUGGGAGCUCCUACGUUUAUCAAAGCCAGAAUGGCCGAGAGUAUUGCGAUACCAUUUACCAAGGAGACAAACAGGAAGACAAACAAGGAGAUAAUGUCGGCCACCGAUCUGAAAUGAGCAACAAGGACAAUUCUAAGGACCCUUCCAAGGAUAUGCGGAGCCCGAAGACUGAAUGUGAUCUCAAGGAUGACAAAAGGCCCCCGCCCCGGAAGGAGGCUUUGCUGGAGAACCUUGUUCAAGUCUACCAUACUGCCAAAGCUGAUUACUAUAUCGGCGACGCAGACAAGUCUGGUAUUUCAAGCAAGAAAACCGACAAGUUCAGCAAUGUUCGCUUCCUCCGAGACAGCUCCGAGAAUCUACUUCGUUAUAUGAGAUCCGAGGGUUACGACAAUCAUCCGCUGGUAACUGAGGUGGAAAAUGUCGCCGAUGCAAGCCGUGAACAUGCCGAGCACCUUGCUGGUUGCAAGAGAAACUAUGAACAACGGGAGGGUACCAACCACGCUCACUCUCAGCGGUCACAGAAGCGCCGACGCUGGAACCGAGGCGUCGACUCAUAUCGCCCUGGAAAUUAA